AAUGUAAUGAAAAUAAUAUAUUUCGAAAAAGAAGGUUAUAAAAUUGGAAAAGGAAAGUUACGAGGAAAGAACAGAACACUCGACACUGUUCACUUCUGGUUCAGCUCCGAAAACACAAAAAACCUGAGAUCUAUCGAUCUCAAGGUGUAGAGUGUCUUUCCACGAGCCCCUUCUUUUGAUCUCAUUCCAAAAUCAUACUACAUUUUUCUACAUAUCGUGUGGAGUGAGAGAAUUGAAAGAGGGAAAAAUGGGUGGAUCUUUGAUAAGCUCGAGGGCCUUCGAUUGGAAAACAGGGCAGAUGAUAAUGGUAGCCCUUUUAGUAAUGAUAGGUUCUUUUUAUAGUGGUACUCUUUUUGGCCGUAACCCAUCUCUCUACGCUCCUCAACAAGAAGAAUUCACUCUUGCUUCCAACACCACUUUAUCAGAAACAUCCUCUGGUGUUCUGAAGUUUACGAACAAGAUUGCUCUUUCAUAUCGGAUGGUACCCCUCACAAUCCCUGAAACUGGGAUAAAUGUAUGUCCUCUGAAAUUUAAUGAGUAUAUCCCCUGUCAUGACAUUUCUUAUGUUAAAGAAUUGAUGCCAAAAUUAGAUCUUUCAAGGAAAGAAGAGCUAGAGAGGCAUUGUCCUCCACUUGAAAGGCGCUUGUUUUGUUUGGUGCCACCUCCAGCUGACUAUAAGAUACCAAUAAGGUGGCCAACUAGCAGGGAUUAUGUAUGGCGGAGUAAUGUAAACCAUACACGUCUUGCGGAGGUAAAAGGAGGACAAAAUUGGGUACAUGAGAAGGAUCAGCUUUGGUGGUUUCCAGGUGGUGGAACUCAUUUUAAGCAUGGAGCUACAGAAUAUAUUGAGAGGUUAGGAAAUAUGACAACCAAUGAGACUGGUGACUUGCGUGCAGCAGGGGUAUAUCAGGUGCUUGAUGUUGGUUGUGGGGUUGCUAGUUUCUCUGCCUAUCUUCUUCCUCUAAAUAUAGAAACACUAUCUUUUGCUCCCAAAGAUGGUCAUGAGAAUCAGAUUCAAUUUGCUUUGGAACGAGGAAUCGGUGCUAUGAUAUCUGCUUUAGCUACGAAGCAGCUACCGUAUCCAAGUAACUCUUUUGACAUGGUCCAUUGUUCCAGAUGUCGAGUUGAUUGGCAUGAAAAUGAUGGUAUUUUACUCAAAGAAGUGAAUCGCAUAUUAAGAUCAAAUGGAUAUUUUGUCUAUUCAGCUCCUCCUGCCUAUAGAAAGGAUAAAGAUUUCCCAGAGAUAUGGGACAAAUUAGUAAAUCUAACUGCUGGAAUGUGCUGGAAGCUUAUUGCACAGAAAGUUCAGACAGCAAUAUGGGUUAAGCAAGAAGAUAAUUCAUGUCUUCAGCAUAACGCUCAGGAGCAGCUUGUAAACUUAUGUGAUUCUGAGGAUGAUUUGAAGCCAUCGUGGAAAACACCUCUGAGGAACUGUGUUACCCUUAGUGAUAGUUCGUCUUCUUUGAAGAAACUACCUCCUCGACCACAACGUCUUUCAGAAUAUACACAAAGUCUCAGUCGGAUAGGUAUUGAUCAUGAAAAGUUCUUAAAGGAUACAAUCUAUUGGCAAGAUCAAGUUCGCCAUUACUGGAGACUGAUGAAUGUUGAGGUGAAAGAAAUACAUAAUGUAAUGGACAUGAGUGCUUUCCUUGGUGGGUUUGCGGUUGGCUUAAAUACAUGGCCUGUUUGGAUAAUGAAUGUAGUUCCUGUAACCAUGAAUAACACCCUGUCUGCCGUUUAUGGAAGGGGUCUUACAGGCGUUUUUCAUGACUGGUGUGAGCCAUUCUCCACAUAUCCCCGCACUUAUGAUUUGUUGCAUGCCAAUCAUCUUCUAUCUCACUAUAAAGAUCGUGAAGAAGGUUGUAGAGUUGAAGAUAUCAUGCUGGAGAUGGACCGUAUUCUACGACCUCAGGGAUUUAUCAUUAUUAGAGAUAAAGAAUCUAUCAUAUCAAGGAUCCAAGCUCUUGCACCAAAGUUUCUCUGGGACGUCCAACUACAUUUUCUAGAAGACCAUCAGAAAAAGUCGGAGCCGGUCUUAUUUUGCAGGAAAAGGUUUUGGGCUGUUGCUUAAAGCAGUUUUGCCUGCGAUUGUUAGCUGAAAUGCCAAUGCUGAAUGUAUACCAUUAUAUUCGUGUCUAACUUAUUCAUAAGAUGGUAAAUCAGUUUGUCUCAUAGGUAAUGCUUUCUGUUUUAUCAGUUUGCAGGAAGCCAGAAUGUGGUUCUUAACUUGUAAUUGUUGUACACAUGAGAGAACAACUUCACUGUUGUAACAUAAAGAACUACGAUUUUGUCAUUUUAAACAAAUGAAGACUGAAAAAUCCCAGUUCAUUACA